AUGACUAAUGUCUUUUUUUUUUGUUUUAUUUUUGCAGAUGGAUUUGAAGAAAGAUCCCGGAUAAAACGGCCUCGUGCUCCAGUAGCACCAGAACCACGUAUAGAAGAACCAGAUCAAGAUUUAAAUGAACGUGAGCCAUUAAAACAACCUUUACCUCCAGUGGGAUUCCUAAGCCCAUCCGUUUUGGAAUAUUUGGAAUUAGGCAAAUCAAUACCAGGUCGUCCAGGAACAGAUUAUCCAAUAUUGGGUGACGUACCAUAUACCAAUUUUUAUUGCGACGAACAACCAUAUCCAGGAUUUUUCGCAGAUAUGGAAACACGAUGUCAAGCAUGGCAUUAUUGUGAUAUAGAUGGACGACAAGCAACAUUCUUAUGCCCCAAUGGAACUCAAUUUAGUCAAGCAGUGUUUGUUUGUGAUUGGUGGUUUAAUGUACGUUGUGAUUUAACUAAACAAUUAUAUCCGAUAAAUGCUCGAUUAUAUGGUACACCACGUUUAAGUCCAACAAGACCACAUCGAGUGAUUACCAAACAACUUUUAGAAGAUAUCUUUAAUAAAAAAUAAUUCAAAUUAUUUUUAUUUUUAUUUGUGUGCAGUAUAGUGUGUUAUUUUAAUAUUCUUACAUCUUACAUCUAUGUCCAUCCGAUCCAUAUCUUACUUAUAAUAAUUCUCUUUUUUUAAACUGAUGUCAUUUUUAAAGGUACACUCAAUAGAAUAAGAUUAAUCUCUUAUUGAAUAAAAUUUAUUAAAUCCUUCGCUCAAAUCAGAUAAACAAAAAGAAUGCAAAGUUAAAAUAGAAAAGAUUGACCUUUAAA